ACUCAGGGUUUGAAAUACAUACAGAAAAAUACUAUUGCAUUUUAACUUUUUGGUAACAAUUUAGUAAUGAAGUUACGUACAUUUAAAGAACGCUCUAGAUUUGAAAACGUAUUGUUAAACUUACAUUUUUCUUCUCGUAUUUUAGGACAUACUUCAACAUUUUAUUGUUUAUAUUUAUAGGUCAAUAUUUUCGGUUUAAUAUCAGAUGCUUUGUGAGUCAUAUUGGAAAAACCCUCGCUCGGCUUCAAAUUAUCUGAGGGUUAAAACUAAAUGGAUAUAUAUUAAUUAGAAAACCAGUCUGCAAUGUGCAGCGAUACCAUUACAUUUCUAUGGAAAAAUGAAUGCGUACAUAGCAACAACUAUUUUUGCUGAACUGAAAGAGAUCCUACAGGGGUGUUGCAGAUAUUCUUCAAGGUGCUCUAAAAUCUGUGCCGCAUCUGGAACAGCCGUUCUUCUACCGAUUGCCUUUUGGCUCCAAUUUGCAGCUACAAUUACUGAUGAGUGGAUGCUGGUAACUAGCACAUCACUAGAUGAAAAUAAUUACUUUGGAUGUUUUACUUCGGCGUAUGAAGACAGCAGGUGUUUAUGUGUGCUCGAGAUAACGUCCAAUGUGAUUCUGUUUUUGCUGAUGAUUAUUGGGUUUGGAGUGUGCUGCCGAACUUGCUGUCACAGUAUAACUCUCAAUUCUUGUAAAGUAUGCUUUGUGUGUAUCAUCUCGUUGAUAAGUCUGAUACCAGUUGUAGUGUCCAGCCAGUCCAAAAGGACCCACGUCCACAUACCAACAAUAACAAAUUUGUUGCCACGUUAUGAGGCUGAGGCCAUAGCCACCAAUGAGGGUGUAAAUGGGCAGUUAAUAGCUCUACCGGCUGGAAGCAGGCCGUGACAACUGGCGCCCAGACAGGAUUUUGGACAUUGGAAUGAUCACUACAAAAUAUGAUCUUAUUUUGGAUUACAUGGAAAAUUUAAAUAAUCAGUAAUAUACUGCCAUGUGACGUCACAAGAACUCUGCACAUCUAUUGGAUAUUUUAUCCGAUUGACCUGGUCAAAUAUGUAAUUUGUUUACAUUCAACCGGACCUUACAUUUAACACGUGUACUGAUAUCCCUACUCGUUGAGCUGCUGAGGAUGGAGAUCUCCGACGUUAGAAUUAUGUAGGCCUACGGGAACUGUUUUACGUUAUAAUCUUCGAGGAGGAUCAGCACAGAGGAUUCCUACGGAUGACACUUAACUU